CAAAGCAUAAGCCUAGUUUGUUAGAUAAGGGGCUAAGGGGGUUAUUGCUGCUGCUAUUGCUACUGCUACUGCUAUUACUACUAAUAUUGCCAUAUUGGAAUAUUAAAAACGGCCUAGAUUAUAAGUUGAUUCACUCCUUCUUUACAUGGGCUACUAUUUCAUUCCCUUUUUAUUUCUAAUAUUCAUCCAAAAAAUACAAAACAUCAAAGGUAUCACUGAUCAAUGGGCUAAUUAUCAUAAUCAGGAUGAAUUGGAAACUAUCCUAAUAACUAUUCAUAAACGAUGUCCCAAUUAUACCACUGUUUAUUCAAUCGGUAAAAGUGUCCAAGGACGUGAUCUACUUGUUAUCCAAUUUUCAGCAACACCUGGACAACAUCAAAUGUUAAAACCGGAAAUGAAAUAUGUUGGAAAUAUGCAUGGGAAUGAACCUGUAGGAAGAGAACUUCUAUUACGGCUUGCAUCAUACUUUUGUGAUAAACUUUUGGCAAAAAAUAAAGAAAUCAUGGAACUUAUCAAUUCGACAUCAAUUCAUCUAUUACCAUCAAUGAAUCCGGAUGGAUUUGAACGUGCACUUACCACAGGAAUCGAUGCUCGGAAUUGGUUUACUGGUAGAUCCAAUGCAAAUGGUAUUGAUCUAAAUCGAGAUUUUCCAGAUCUUGAUGGUUUCUACUACUAUUUGGAACAGCAUAAUAUACCUCGUUUUGAUCAUCUUCUGGAAUUGUUCGGUGAUGAAGGAAAAGAAUAUCAACCAGAAGUACGAGCUAUUGGCCAAUGGAUUCUUUCCUUACCAUUUGUUUUAUCAGCUAAUAUGCAUGAAGGCGAUUUAGUGGCUAAUUAUCCGUUUGAUUCCGCUCGAAUUCCAAACAACAACGAAUAUUCUAUAAGUCCUGAUGAUCAAACAUU